CGCCAGCCGCGGCAGCUCCGGGACCCAACAUGCGCCGCUCGGUCUGGCUGGCGCUGGCGGCGUCGCUCCUGCACGUGUCCCUGCAAGGCGAGUUCCAGAGGAAGCUCUACAAGGAGCUGGUCAAGAACUACAACCCCUUGGAGAGGCCCGUGGCCAACGACUCGCAGCCGCUCACCGUCUACUUCUCCCUGAGUCUCCUGCAGAUCAUGGACGUGGACGAGAAGAACCAAGUUCUAACCACCAACAUCUGGCUGCAGAUGUCCUGGACAGAUCACUACCUGCAGUGGAACACAUCGGAGUACCCGGGCGUGAAGACUGUGCGCUUUCCGGACGGGCAGAUCUGGAAGCCAGACAUUCUUCUGUACAACAGUGCCGAUGAGCGAUUUGAUGCCACCUUCCACACCAACGUGUUAGUGAAUUCUUCCGGGCAUUGCCAGUACCUCCCUCCAGGCAUAUUCAAGAGCUCCUGCUACAUCGAUGUGCGCUGGUUCCCUUUUGACGUGCAGCAGUGCAAGCUGAAGUUUGGAUCCUGGUCCUACGGAGGCUGGUCCUUGGAUCUGCAGAUGCAGGAGGCGGAUAUCAGUGGCUACAUCCCCAACGGAGAAUGGGACCUCAUGGGAAUCCCGGGCAAGCGCAGUGAGAAGUUCUAUGAGUGCUGUAAGGAGCCCUACCCCGACGUCACCUUCACAGUGACCAUCCGCCGCAGGACCCUCUACUACGGCCUCAACCUCCUCAUCCCCUGCGUGCUCAUCUCUGCCCUGGCCCUGCUGGUCUUCCUGCUCCCCGCAGACUCUGGAGAGAAAAUCUCCCUCGGGAUAACUGUUUUGCUCUCUCUCACCGUGUUCAUGCUUCUGGUGGCCGAGAUCAUGCCUGCAACAUCCGACUCAGUGCCCUUGAUAGCCCAGUACUUCGCCAGCACCAUGAUCAUCGUGGGCCUCUCCGUGGUCGUCACGGUGAUUGUGCUGCAGUACCACCACCACGACCCUGACGGCGGCCAGAUGCCCAAGUGGGUGCGUUCCUCCCGCCCUCCCUGCAGCGGGUCAGGGGCCCUCCCCAAAGGAGGCGCCAUGAAUGGGUGA